AAACAAAAGAAAUGGGGCAUAAUAAAUUGACAGAAAUUAAGACACUCCUAUAAUCACACUUUCUUUCUAGGGAUGAAGAAACUGAUUACUACUUCUUCCUAGACAUACAAUAAAGGAGCUCAAAAAACCACAUUUUUUUCUUUCUUUUCAUUUAUAAAUCCUUAAAUGCUAAACCAGAUGUCAGAACAGACCUAUUUAAUGACUCAUGUAAUUAUAGGUUGAAAUGAAAGUGCCUUUUUUCUUACUUAACCUCUUUCUCUGUCCUAGAAACCUCCAUUCUUGACCACUUGUCACACUUUGCAGCAUUGUAUACUUGUAUCUAUGCUUUAUCAUCACUAGUUUGGAACUAUAAAGCACAAAAGUUUGUUUGAGGUAUUCUCUUGUAUUUUGUCUUGUGUUUCUUGUUUGUGAGUGUUGUGUUUUUUUAAGGAAAAAUGAGUUACUUGGGUGUAGGUGUUAGUCCUGGAACUGUUCCAGUUUAUCAUAGUACAAACAUGAAAGUGUUGGAUAGGAGGGUUAGAAUAACUGAGUUGGUUUUGAGGUUUGUGAAUCUUGGCUUAGGAGUUCUUGCAGUUGUUCUUAUUGUCACUGAUUCACAAGUUAGAGAGUUUUUCACCAUUCAGAAGAAAGCUAAAUUCACUGACAUGAAGGCUUUAGUGUUCUUGGUUGUUGCUAAUGCUAUAGCUGCUGGUUACUCCUUAAUUCAAGGUUUGAGAUGUGUAGUGAGUAUGAUUAAAGGAAGUGUGCUUUUCAACAAGCCCUUAGCUUGGGCUAUAUUUUCUUGUGAUCAGGUAAUGGCAUAUAUAACAGUGGCAGCAGUGUCAGCUGCAGCACAAUCUGCUGUGUUUGCAAAAAUGGGCCAGGAACAAUUGCAAUGGAUGAAGAUAUGCAAUAUGUAUGGAAAAUUCUGCAACCAAGUUGGAGAAGGGUUAGCUAGUGCUUUUUUGGUUAGCCUUAGUAUGGUGGUAGUAUCAUGUAUUUCAGCUUUCAGUCUCUUCCGUUUGUAUGGUGGUAGCAAAAUUAAAAAUGCUUAUUGGUAAGGUUAGGAUAAGUUAAUAUCAUAGAUUGAAAGUGAAUAAAUAAGCUACCACUCAAAUCCACUGUUUUCUUGGCCAAUUUGGUUGUUUUGCAAUUUACAAGGCUUUUUGGUGUAUACUAUAUGUAUGUAGUUGUAUUGAAUGAUGAUUGUGAUAUGAAUAUGACUUAUGAGAAUGCAGUUAUUGUAAUGUUCUAAUGCUUAUUAAUUGGUGCUAGUAAAGUUGAAAGCUCUUUGAUAUA